UACUCCACCCCUCUCCAUCCAUCCGGCCAUCCAUGGCGCCUGCCCUAUAUAAACACUCCCCCUCUCCCUUGCCCUAAACCAUUCACAGCUUCUUCAUCUUCUUCUCAGCUCCAAACCUAGCUAGCUAGCUUCUUGAUCGAGCUUGCGAUAAUUAAGAUAAUGGGGGAGGUGGUGCAGCUGAGGCAGGAGCAGAUAGCGGAGUUCAGGGAGGCGUUCUCCUUCUUCGACAAGGACGGCGACGGCUGCAUCACGCUGGAGGAGCUGGACACGGUGGUGCGCUCGCUGGGCCAGACGCCCACCAGGGAGGAGCUGGCCGAGAUGAUCCGCGACGUCGACGCCGACGGCAACGGCACCAUCGAGUUCGCCGAGUUCCUCGCCCUCAUGGCCAGGAAGGCCGUCCGCUGCGGCGGCGGCGGCGGCGCGGGGGGCGGCGCCGACGCCGACGAGGAGCUCCGGGAGGCGUUCAAGGUGUUCGACAAGGACCAGGACGGCCUCAUCUCGGCGGCGGAGCUCAGGCACGUCAUGAUCAGCCUCGGCGAGAAGCUCACCGACGAGGAGGUGGAGCAGAUGAUCCGGGAGGCCGACCUCGACGGCGACGGCCAGGUCAACUUCGACGAGUUCGUCAGGAUGAUGAUGCUCUCCGACCAAUAAAAAUCCAGCCUUUUUUUUUUGUCUUCUCAUUUUAUUUAAUUACCUAGCUAAUUAUGCUAGCUAUAGCUGGGCCUACUACACAGCAUUCCUUAAUCACUGUCAUUUAAUUUGGCCUCUCGAUUAAUUAUGGUAUCUUCGGUUUGGAAGAUUUUCAAA